CAUAUUAUAACGUCGUCUCUUGAUUAUGUAUUAGCAUUACUCUGUACACAACAUAAGCGUAGUUUUAUUUUGUUUAUAUUUCAGAUAAGUAAUGGCUGGUGUGGUACUUGUAACUAUUGCCUGCUUGGUUCUUUCAACAAGAGCCGACCCCUGUCGUGACGACCAGAAAUGUUCAGAGUGUAUUACGGCAUCAGGAAACUGCAUCACAGAAUGCGACACUGGAUAUUACGACCCAAAAUGCAAGUCCUUGUGCAGCAAGAAUUGCAAGCUCAAAAAGUGUAAAGAACAGGAAGUUUCAGGCACAGAAUAUUGUACCGAAGGUUGUGAACCUGGAUACCAUGGUGUAAACUGCAAUGUAGGUUGUCUUGUUCCAACAGAAAACUGCGCCAAUUGUCCAGGGGGCUGUGAAGAGGAAUACUGUAACCAAGGCGAUAAAUGUUUCUCUGGAUGUCACGAUUUCUACUUCGGCUCAGAUUGCAAGAAUUGUUCCAGCAGGUGCGAAUCGUGCAAUAGGACAACAGGCACGUGUGACCAUUGUCACCCACCCUAUCAUGGCCUGAACUGUGAGUACUCAUGUAAUUACUCUUCAGGAUCGUGUGAGGCUGGAUGUGCACCGGGAUUAUAUGGGGAACAGUGUGUCGACAUGUGCAGUGAAAAAUGUCGUUCCAAUCCAGCGGUAAUUCCUGAGACACAUUGUACAGGAGCAGAUGUAAACAUUUCAAGCCUGUGUACACCUGAGUGCCACAAAGAGAGCGGAGAUUGCGUCCAUGGUUGUGUGGCUGGCUGGUAUGGUCCAUUGUGUUCAUUUCAGUGCAACUCGAACUGCAUUAACAAACGAUGUAACAUCACUGGGGAAUGUGCUGAAGGUUGCACCGAAGGUCAUUUUGGAAAAGAUUGUAAACCAUGUUCUGAGAACUGUCCCAAUUACACUUGCAUUUCAAACAGCGGAACUUGUUUCAAAGUGUGUCACAAUGGGAUGUAUGGACAGUUCUGUAAUCUUACCAGAACUCUGUGUAAUGAUCAUGUGUGUGAUCAGCCGACUGGAAAAUGUAUCAAAGUAUGUUUUGUAACAGAGGAAGGAUGUACUCUGAAUUGUUCAGAGGGUUUUCCAACAACUGAGCGCACAACUGAAUCUAGUGGCACAGAUAAUUCGAGUAGUAUCCUCCCGUAUGCAGUACUCCUUACAGUAGUACUGCUUGUUGCAACAGCUGUAUGCUACGCCUGUUACCGCAUGGGUCGGUCCUCCACAAGCAUCACCUACCAGGACGAAAUAAGCUAUUCGCAGAAUGUGGAUGAAGGCGAAGAAGAAACAUUCCCACCUGACGCAGAUGUUGCUACCACUUCGAAACAGCGUAACUCUGAACAUAUUUACCAGGAGAUUGACACAAACGAGAUGGGGCCAGUGAUUGUGUUUCUCUAG